AUGACAAACACCACAUCUUGGAAUGACUUUUCGCAACAGCCUUCCAAACUAUUUGAGCCUUGGCUUUUUGUCUGGCUCGGUGUGGCAAUCAUAGUGCAUAAAAUCGCUUACAGUCUUUGGUUUCAUCCCCUUCGUCAUAUCCCUGGCCCAUGGAGCACAAAAAUCUGCGGUUGGUAUGAGUUUUACACCAACAUCUGGCUGGAUGGUCAGUGGUGUAAGACAUAUCCAGAUCUACACAAAAGAUACGGUAUGUCGCAAGUGAAAUGCCUCAAAAAAUGCUCACCUCAAAUAUUUCGCAAUGGCACAAACUUUGAGAAAGACCAUGUGUUCUACACAUGCGCUGAUAAUGAUGGCUCCAUUUUCUCUCUCAGUAAUAGGGAUGAACAUAGGGCGCGGAGAAAGGCUCUCAGUCCAAGGUUCUCGAAAAAGGCAGCCGAGGCCGACGCCCCCGCGAUUCUCAAUCAAAUCAAGCUGUUGGAGGCGUUCAUGAUUCGGCAUUCGAGCCUGGGAAAGAGCUGCAAUGUCAGUGAUCUAUUCCGAGCUUUUGGAGUGAGUUAUUACACCUUGGCCUGA